AUGUCCGGCUGGGAGGUUCGUUUCUCCAACUCGCGCAAGACGCCCUACUUCUACAAUGCCCAGACCCAGCAGUCGACCUGGGAGCCGCCCGCCGGCAUGAGCGAGGCCGAGAUCCACGCCCUCCCGGGAGCCAAGUACCUCACCGGCGGCGGUGAGGCUGGCCAGGUUCGCGCUAGCCACAUUCUUGCCAAGCACGCUGGCUCGCGCCGUCCCUCGUCGUGGAAGCAGGACCGAAUCACGCGCUCGCUCCCUGAGGCGCGCCAGCAGAUCCAGGCGUACAUUGAGCAGAUCCAGGCGCUGCCGCAGGACCAGCAGGCUGCCGAGUUUGCCAAGAUCGCGAGCACCGAGAGCGACUGCUCCAGCGCGCGCAAGGGCGGUGACCUUGGCUGGUUCGGCCGCGGCCAGAUGCAGAAGGCGUUCGAGGACGGCACCUACGCUCUCCAGGUCGGCGAGAUGAGCCCCAUCAUCGAGUCCGACUCCGGCGUCCACGUCAUCUACCGCACCGGUUAA